GUGGCGAAGCGGCCUAGUUCGGGGCGAACCCAGGCCUCCCAGUCAUGAUCACGGCGGAGGAGGCUGCGUCGGCCCCUGGAGCCCCCGGGCGCGCGGAGCCGGCGUGGCCCUGGAAAGGUGCCCCGGUCCAUGCGCUGGUACAGCGGAUCCACCAGCUCCAAGCUGAGCGUGCGCAGGCCUUCCGCCGGCUGGAGGAAGCUCACCGCCAGUACGUGCGCAGCGGCCCGCAUUACGACUUCCCGCGCUACCGGGGCUCGGUGCACAAGGUAACCCAGGCCUUCGCCGCCGCCUCGCGGGAGGUACUGGCCCUGGAGGCCGAGCUGGCCGGGCCCCGAGCACAGCCGUUGCUCGCCGGCCACGUGCGCGCCCUGCAGCAGCUGGAGCAGACUCGCCUGGCCACGGUGGCCCUGCUGCAGCUGAUGGGGGCACCGGAGCUGAGGGGGCAGGAGGACGCCUCCCAGAUGCAUCAGCUGAAGAUGAAGGUAAUUAAAACCAUGGAGGCAAUCAGCGAGGUUCUCCAGGACCUCAGGUUUGAUGCAGAGUCUGUGGAGUGAUCGGGCUCCCCAGGGACAAGCCAAGGGAGAUGAGAAACUCGGUGGAUGGCGCCCAGCCCAGCCUGACUGCCAGCUGGCUGGGUCAUGCCCCACUAGGCUGCUGACCACCCCCCCAA